AUGGCCAGCGUCACCAGGGACAAGCCAGGCUGUGACCGCCGCAGGAGCGAUUUUCAGUGGUCCUUCCCUGUGGACUCGUCAUGGACUCCCCUGGUCUGCCACUUGUCUGCCUCCUGGACAGUCUCGGGAACCCAAUCGAUCGCCUGGUGCCGGCCACUACCAAGGGGAGCUGAUCACCGAAACUGGCUGGAGGAGCUGAAGCAGAAGGCGUCCAGGCUCAAAGCCGAAGUGGAGGAGAAGCAGCAGCUGGUGAGCCGUGUCACCAGCCUGCAGAGCUUCCUUUCGGAGAGCCACCAGGCCCGAGAGAGGCUGAAGCGAGACCUGCAGGCACAGGCUGCUGAGGGCCAGGCUGAGCAGCUGGCUGCCCUCAGUGUCCAGCAUGAGCAGACCCUGCGGGAAAGGGACUCUGCCCUGCAGCAGCUCCAGCAGGCCAACACAUCCCUGAGCAGCCAGCUGCAGGCCGUGGGUGAGGAGAAGGCUGCACUGAGCCGCAAGAUCGGCGAACUGGAAGCCCAGAUCCUGGAGCUGGGUGCCCAACGGCAGCAGGGAAUGGCGGCAGAGGCACUGAAAGCCCAGCUGCAGGAGCUGGAGGGCAGGCUAAAGGAGAGCCAGCAGAAGCUGGCCGAGAGGGAGAAGCUGGCCCGGGAGAACAGCCGCCUGCAGGAGCAGCUGCUCUUCCUGGAGGAAUCCCUGCGGAACACUGAGGGUAUACUGGAGGAUGAGAAGAGGCGGGCAGCUGAGUGCCUGGAGGGCAACCUGGCCAGGAUCGCUGAGCUGGAGGCAGAGAGACAGCAGCUGGUUCAGGACCGGGAGCCAGCUCUGCCGAAGCGGAGUGAGGAGCUGGCCACACGCCAGGUGCUGGAGGAGAGCUGAGAGCAGCCCAUGGGAGCCUCUCCUGCUGCCCGAGGGGAGGAUGAAGAGUGCAAGUGGCUGAAGGAGGAAAUACAGGCGCUGCAGGAACAGCUGCAGGCUGAGCAGGAGAAGGUGGCUGUGCUGCAGGCCUAGGCAGAGCGACUCCAGGCUGACCUGUCCAGCAUUCAGUCAUGGGCAAAGGAAAAGGAGAGUGAGGAGCAGAAGCUGAGGGCCAAGACUUCCUCCCUGCAGGAGAAGAUGGCUGUGACAAAGCAAACAGCAGUCCAGUGUGUGGCCAAGCUGGUGGGAGAUGCCCAGAGAGCUGCUGAGGCACUGAAGGGAGUCUCCCAACAGCUCUCCCAGGAGAAGCUCAAAUCCAAGGAGCUGGAAGGCACCAUGGGUCAGCUGCGGGUAGCAGAGAAGGAGCUGGCGUCCCUUCACUAUGCUGUGGAGGAGAAGGAGAGCUGGAAGGAGCUAGUAUCCCAGUGUUUCCAGGAUAUUGACAGGAAGGACAGUCUGAUCAGCAGCCUGGAGCAUGAGGUCUCCAUCCUUCAUCGUCAGGUGAUGGAGAAGGAAGGAGAAAGCAAGGAGCUGAAACGCCUGAUCCUGGCUGAGUCGGAGAAGAGCAAGAAGCUGGAGGAGAGGCUGCGGCUGCUGCAGCCGGAGAUGGCCACUGCAGCCUCCUGUGCAGCUGAGAGGUGCUCACUGAUGAAGGUGGAGGUGCAGCGGUGCCAGGAAGAGAUGGAGAAGCAGCGGAUGACCAUUGAGGCCCUGAAGAGGGACCGCCAUUGCCAGAGCAAGCAGGAGGAUGAGCUGCAGCAGGAGGCAAAGGUCUGCCAGGACAAAUGCCUACAGAAGGAACAGCUCCUGGCUGCCCUGCAGCAGGAGCUCAACAGUGCUCAGGCCAAGCGUGUCUCCCUGGAAAGCCGGCACCGCCAGGACCUGGAACAGAGAGUAAAAGCCAUAGAGACAACACUGCAAGCCUAGCUAGCGCAGGUCAAGCUGGAGGUGGCUGAGGUGCCGUCACUGUGGGAGCAGUUGGGAAGGGACCGGGCCAUUCAGCGGCUGCAGGCUGAGGCAGCAGAGGCGGGGGCACAGCUGGCAGGGCUGCAACAGGCCAAUGCUCAGCUGGCUGAGGAGAACCAGGGGCUCAGCAAGAGCCACAGCCAAGGGCAGCAGCAGCUUGAGGCGGAACUGGGCCAGGCCAGGGAGCGGCACAUGCAGGAGCUGGAGCAGCUGCGGGCAGCAUCUGAGAAGCUGGUGACCAGCAGCAGGCAGGAGGCUAAGGAGGCAGUACAGAAGCUGGAAGAUAGGAGUAAGGAGUAUGAGAGCAGCAAAGCAGCAGUCCUGGAAGAGAGGAAGAAACUCCUGGAAGAGAAGCAAAGACUGACAGCUCAGCCCAGUCACACAAGGACAAACAACCCUGAGGUUUCCCCAGUGCCCGCAUUGCUGGCUCUGCCCUGGCCCCCACCUGCACCCCCUUACUUCUCCCUGUCCCCCCAGGCCUCAGGAGCACUAAGGGGUGUUAUUGGUAGCUCCUCACAGAGGACACCAAUUGAUGGUGGACACACAACUGAUGAAAACAUCAGUCCCUUAUUAUCUUAAAACCUCUUACACCAUCUCUCUGUCAACUUCCCAUGGACAGCUCCACACAACACCAACUCUUUUUCUCGCUCCUUCUACUGCUCAUGACUGGCCGCACCACUCUUAUAACACCCAUCCUUAUGGGCCAUAGCUGUGACCUGUUAAGGUCAAGGCUGCUUCCACUCUUUGGUAAUUAGUACAGAUGCAAUUCAUUAGUGCUGAAAUUUGCCUGCAGCACUAUCUCUAUUCUCUUACAAUCUAUUGAGGGGGAACUGGUGGGACCACCCACAUGACUGCCUUGAAUAUCCCACAGACAACUGUGGGGGUGCCCUGGGCAUGACAAGGUCCCCUUGCCCUUCCUGCACCCAUCAUCACCCUAAACCCUUCCAGAACCCAAGGCAAGGGGAUGCACAGAGGUUGAGAGCUAAAAACACAGAGGGGUGCAG